AUGCACACGGAAAAUAAAAGUGUUAAAGGCAGCGUCGAAAAUGUACCGACAUCUACAACACAAUCUACUAUCACGCUUGCUGAUAAGGAUACUGAAGCAAACAAUGGCUACGACCCCUUCGAACAUAGAAAUGUGGCACAUCCAACAUCGACUUCAGGGGCCUUCUUUCACUUGCUGAAAUCAUCACUGGGAUCAGGUUUACUAUCAAUGCCAGCAGCUUUCAGUAACACGGGACUCAUACCAGGAUGUAUCGGAACUGUACUAGUCGGUAUCAUUGCUACACAUUGUGUGCAUAUAUUGGUCUCUACUUCACGGGAUGUUUGCAAAGAAAGUAAAAUGCCUUUAUUAAGUUACACGGACACUUGUGAAGGAGUAUUCAAGCUAGGGCCGAAGAAGGUGCGGCCCUAUUCCAAACACGUAAGACACUUCGUUGAUGCUGCUAUGGCUGGUGUGUGUCUGGGUGGCACGAGUGUCUAUGUUAUAUUUAUCGCAUCAUCACUUAAAGACCUGUUCGACACCUUUGCACCUAACCACAAAUACGAAGUUGAAGUGUACUGCGGCAUCCUCUUGUUGCCCCUGAUCCUCAUCACGCAAAUACGUCAUUUGAAGUUCCUAGUGCCAUUCUCGUUCUUGGCUAACUUGUGUCUGGUUGUGACUUUCGGUGUAACAUGUUAUUACAUGUUUACUGAUAUGCCACCCCUAGAUAAUAUUGAGCUGGUAUCCAGUAUACAAAAGUGGCCCUUGUUUUUAAGUACCGCAAUAUUUGCAAUGGAAGGUAUCAACGUGGUAAUGCCAGUCGAGAACGAGAUGGCAAAACCACAGCAGUUCCUGGGGUGUCCCAGUGUUCUGAACGUUACCAUGGUGUUUGUGGCACUGCUGUAUGGUAUAAUGGGCAUCUUCGGUUACCUGAAGUAUGGUGAUGCAGUUCUCGGAAGUAUAACCCUGAAUUUGCCUCAGGAUGAACUAUUGGCGUUGAUUGCUAAGGUGCUUGUGGCAGUGGCGGUGUUCUUCACUUAUUGCUUACAAAUGUACGCACCCAUGGAUAUCAUUUGGACGAGGAUAAGACCCAAGAUCAGGAAAGAGUACCACAACGUUAGCCAGAUUGUGUUACGAACUACUAGUGUUUGUUUAACUGUUAUCCUGGCAGUGGCAGUACCAGACCUACAACUCCUGAUUGGUUUGGUUGGUGCUAUCUUCUUCUCAACAUUGGGUCUUCUGAUCCCAGUAGCAGUCCAAACUGUCCAUAAGUGGGAACGUGGGCUUGGCAAAUUUAAGUAUAUAUUAUGGAAAAACAUACUGCUGUUGGUGUUUUAUGUGAUCGUAUUAGUUUCUGGUUGUUACGCGUCGAUAAGUGAAAUUAUAAAAAAGCUUACAUAG